AACAUACCUACACAACUUCCAGGAUUUUACGUUCUUUAGUAGUAGAAACAGUAGCAAUUAGGCCGUAGCCCGAAGAGCUUUCAGUUCUAGAAAUGUUCAGUAACUAAUUCAUUUUAUUUCGGUAAAUUACCGCGAGUUUGAACGUCAACCAAAUUGCAGUUAAACGUAACUACUGCAACGGAGUGUGCAAUUACAAGUCUUACAGCAUAUUCAUAAAGAGCAAACAGCUUGUUUUUCAAUACAAAAACCAACUAAGCAAAGAACCUCAUAUAACAAAGUUCAUUUAUACAGAUUAUGCACAGAUCAAUAAUGUGGCCCACCACAAAUGGAACACCACAAAAUUCAUUGUCUUUUAGCAACUCUCUCAGCAGUUUGCUUGGAGCUCAACCAUUUCGACCUCAAACACCUGUCCUAUCAAACCAGCAAAAAGUUCUCGUAAAUGGUGGAAUAUCUGCCCUACAGCAACACCAGCAAGAAGCAAAAGAGCGCCAAAUGGUGAACCGACGUUCCCUCAAUCGCACAGCAAGUUGUGGUUUGUUUCCACAAAACGGGAUUGUUCGACCAUCUGCGCUUAACCAACACCGUGCAUUACAAAGAUCUACAAGUUUUGAUUCGCCUCGAAUGAUGAGCACCCCAGGUUCUGUAACCCCAAUAUCUGGCUCUACAUCCCCGAUACCUCUUGUUGCUGCCACAGCUGCAGGCGUGACAAACAGCAAUGGCUACAGAAGUCGUGAGACUGGUGUCAUCGAAAAGUUGCUUGUUUCUUACGGAUUUAUUAAAUGCGCUGACAGAGAAGGCCGUUUGUUUUUCCACUAUAGUCAGUUCCAUGGAGAAGCCCACACUUUGCACAUAAAUGAUGAAAUUGAGUUUGAAGUGUCAAUGGACACACGCACUGGUAAACCUGUUGCAGUUCAAGUUGUAAAACUUCAGAAAGGAACUGUAGCCUUUGAAGUACUAAGUGAAGAUCGCAUACUAGGUGAAGUGACAAACCCAGCACCACCACUAUCCCUAAUACCUGGUCAGAAUUUAAUGAACGUGGUUCCUGGUGGAACUACUGGCAUAGCUGGUCAUGGGUAUAGGCCCAGUGAAAAAGGAGACCCAGUUAUAUCUGGAAAACUUGGGAGUUUAUCAUAUGAAAGAAUGGGGGAGUUUUUCUUCUUACAUUACUCAGCAAGCGAUCUAACCAACCCCGACCUUGCAUUGCUACCUGGUGAUAAAGUUUCAUUCAACAUUGCUACCGAAAAAAGAACUGGAGUAAUGCGAGCACGAAAGAUAACUCUGGUAGAGAGAGCUCCUCCAAAAAGAUUCAACGGGAUUGUUACGGCAAUGAAGGAAUCUUUCGGAUUUAUUGAAAGAUCUGAUAUCGUGAAAGAGAUAUUUUUCCACUACAGUGAAGUUCUUGCUAACGUGCCAGACUUACACGUUGGUGACCAUGUUGAAUUCAGCGUGCAGGAACGUAACAACAAAGACGUGGCAACAGAAAUCCGGUUGUUGCCGCUAGGAACUGUUCAACUCGAAGAAAUUUCGAGCGAACUAUUUGUUGGGACAAUCGAUAAACCACUUCCUGCAAAAGCUCCAAACAAGGUUAUGAGCGAGUCUACCAUCGCUGGUGGUGAUGCAACUUCUCCCAACCAGACUUUAAAGAGUGGGGCCAUCGUUAACGGGGGUUCUUCACCCCCCCAACCAUCCCUCGUACUUGCUGGCAUUAUAUCUUACAUUGCACCCACUGGUGAAACAUUUAAAAUACGAUUUGGAGAGAAGGAUAGAGCUGCUAACUGCCUCCAUACACUUUGUAAAGGAGAUAAGGUUUCAUUCUUGACAAUAACCGACAAACGAAAUGGUCAACAGCGGGCUGCAGGUGUUACUUUGCUACUUGAUAAAACUAUCGCGGCAAGCAAGGAGAAGCGAGAACAAGGUAUCGUAGCUGCAGUCAAAGAGGGGUUCGGGUUCAUCAAGUGUGUGGAGCGUGACUCUCGCCUCUUCUUCCACUGCUGUGAGAUGUUGGAUCCCACUCAUCAUGUGAGGAUGUCAGAUGAAGUUCAAUUUACCGUCCUCCUGGACCCAGUUGCUGAAAAACAAAGGAUGCAUGCAACGCGUAUUCGAGUUCUACCCAAAGGAACAGUCAUCUUCCAUAUAAUAUCUGAUCAAAGCUUCACUGGCAUAGUAGAGGCUUUACCUGGGGCAUCCCCUAACACAGCACCAAAAAGCCCAACAGAUUGCCUAUUCAGUCCUGCCCUUGGCCCCAACCCCGGUAUAAUAGUUUACUCAGUUGGUGUACAAGCUGACCCAUCAGCAGACACGGUAGCAAGGAUUCCUUUUGCUUCCAAAGAUUUCAAAGAUUGGAUGGAAGCUUUAAGUCUCAAAGUUGGGGACACAGUUGAGUUUAAGAUUUGCGAAGUGAAACGAACCGCAGCUAAAAGCGCAGUUGAUAUAAAACUGCUGACUCGUCAUUCCGAUUAUGAUGUAAACAAUGCUGCCAGUCGGCGAAGAACGCUUAGUCAUUCAAUGUCGGCUGCGUCUUUGAAGCUGGAAACAUUGCCAGAGGAAGCUUCCUUUCCAACUAUUGUGCUUGAGAAUGUACCAGUGAAGAGCAAAUCUACCACACCAGAAGUAACCAUGUCGCCCAAAAAACCUUCAAGUGAAGUAAAUAUUGCCAAAGAAGAUAAGGAUGAAAGUGAAAUUGUUGAAAAAUUGUCAGAAGCUUCAUUCUCUCCAAGAUCAGAUAAUAUUGAAACAUCGUGUGGUGAACAAUGUUACGGUUGGAUAAGCACCUUAAAAGACACGUUCGGAUUCAUAGAAUCGCUCAACCAUGGAAGCGAAAUUUUCUUUCACUACAGUGAGAUGCAAGCUCCUGUGGAUAAAUAUAAAGCUGGCUGUCCUGUUACUUAUGUAACUGGAAUUAAAGAAGAGAAAGCUUGUGCAUUGCAAGUUGAAGUGAUAACAGAUGAGGAAAUGCCAACUUCUGAUGUUGUGUCAAGUAAAAUAAUCAAAGGCAAGGUGUUGAAGCCACUUAAGUCAGUAAAUCCAUCUCAAACAAGUUACCAAGGGUUGAUAGAAUACAAAGAAACCAAUGAAGCAGAUGAAACCACGAUCAAGACAAUCUCAUACAGCCCACUUAGUCUUAGUGAUAGGAGAGAUUUCAUUCAAGUUGGUGACAAAGUGACUUUCCAGGUCAGCACAGACAUUAACAGCAACUGCCAAAGAGCUGCUAAUGUGAAUGUGAAUCGUGAAACUGUCAAAGCUACAGUGGACAGCAUUAAAGGAGAGUUCGGUUUCAUAAACUACGAGGUAAAGGGUGGAGAUACCACUGGGGGCAGCGGUAAGCUAUUUUUCCACAUGUCUGAGGUGCGUGAUGCAACUCAACAAAUAACUGCUGGUUCUACAGUAGAAUUCUCAGUCAUAUACAACCAAAGAAGCGGCAAGUUCUCUGCAUCUAAAGUUCGACUUGCAGAAGCGCAACCAAAACAACAAAGACCCGAACGCUUACGACUACGCAGCACUUGUGAAACCACUGGACCAACUGUGUCUGUGUUGCGCCAACCAAGGGGUCCCACUGAAAACACAACGGGAUUUGCUGUAGUGCGUCACACAGAAGCAGAUGAUAGUCAGGAAACAGAGAAUGCAUAAACCAACGACGAAAACAUUAUUUCUGAUUAAAGACCUAUGAUGCUUUGUUUAACUCUACUUGUUUUCUGUUUGGGGAAUUCCCCUCUCAUUCCACAUACCCAGCCAUACAUCAAACCUUGAUAUGCAGUUUUUGGAUGCAGUGCACAUAUUGAAAAGUGACACUUUUUUUCCGUUUUUAUUGUUUCAGUUCAAGGCAAUUCACUGCUUUUGAUUUGUUUUCUAUUUUUACUUUCAGGCGUUGUUCUGUUAAAAUGUAAAAAAACGCCGACGCGAUUUCGUGUCUGUUUGUCCAAAGCCAAAACAUUCCUACAGUUUUAAAGUAACAAGAAAACGCCCGAUUCCUUAUUUUUCCCAAUGAAAUCAAAUCAAAAAAUCGGAAUAACCAAACUCAAAGCCAGCCCACAAUUGUCAACUUUUUAAUAUCAGUAUUUUACACCUAAGUAACGGCGUCUAUUGCGUUCUAUUCUCAGUUUUCACUGUGCCUGCACCUCCAAUGUGGUUGUGCAAAAUGACCCAAAUUAGUUACUACAAGCUUAUGUUCCUGCUGUUUAAAUUGCAACUGAAUCCCGUCCCAGUUAAAACUACUGCCUGAAUCUGUUUCGGGUACGUUUCUGAAUGUAUCAAUUUUGAUAUUGCAAUUUUUGUGUCUUUUCUUCGGUGCUAACACGUAUGUUCACAUGUAGAUUUGCGUUAAACACUGUUUCUUUUGCUACCUUGUUGUAUAUAUUUGUUUAUAAUACUACCAACAUUUUCAAAGGAAGCCAAUUUUUUUCCCUUAUUCACUUUGUUAUUGACCCCCGUUCAUCUUUAUAAUAUAUUUUGGGUGUUACGGUUUCAUUUUGAAAUAAAAUUGCUGCUUUCAAAA